UCUGUAAAUUAUAACAAUCAUAAUCAGUGCACCCAUGAAAUUCAAUGUUUAAUUUCUUUUCAAAAUAUCAAUGUUCAAUCUUAUCAACGCAUAAACCAAUGAAGAUGAGAUACUUCAUUCAAGCCAAUAUCUAAUUCAUAUUCGCAUCGACAUCUAUCAAUAAUUCUUCAUCAUGACACCUAAAAUAACUCAGAACAGCAUCAAUGCAACUUUACCGACUGAAUAUCAAAUCAAUAAACAUAUCAAUCUGCCGGCAUUAAUUGCUUCAGGUAAAUUUUACAUUGAUGAGUUCGGUUACCUGGUUACAUCGAAUGGUACACGUUAUCGUAUACCGUCUGGUCCACCGGAAGGUCGUAAACCGUUACGACUUGAUAAAUUAUCGAUCAGUACGAAUCAAUUAUCCACACUGACAUUACAUCCUUCCAUAAAUUCCACGAAUAAAUCUCAUGAAACCAUUCAUAUUGAACUACAAGAUACAAAUCGUUUGAUGAAUACAAAUCAAGAACUAAAACCUACCGAACAUCAGUAUAAUAAUCAUAAUUCUAAUAAGACUAUUUUACAAUCAGCAUUCGUCCGACCUUACAUCGAGUCAACGAAACUAUCAUCCACUCUACCAACCAUCGGCAUGAAUCAUACAUCCUCUUUGAAUAUCAUCAAUCCUAAUAUUGUUCGUUCAGAUACAUUGUAUACCAUUGAUUGGAAUAUUAUUCUCAUAACAUUGAUUGUUAGUUCUAUUUCAUUGAUGUGUAAUAUGAUUUUGAUCAUUUUUCUUUCAUGGCGAUUACAUCAUCAUGAGAAAUGCACUAAUCCAUAUAAACAGUUGUAUAUUUCCAAUUAUCCUAAUGUCAAUGAGAAAUAUAUGGAGAUGAUAGGUAAAGAAAAAGUUAACAAAUGUAAUCAUUUGACUGAAAAUCAUUUCACAGCUUGUCAGUGUACUUUGUCUAAUUUAAGUACAGUUGUCAAUUGUCCAUGUGUAUGUAAACCAAUGAAAAUGAUGAAUACAGACAGUACUACUAACAAUUGUACUAGUAGUAUGAUCGAUUGCAACACGAAAAAUCUCACACAUACAUGUUGUUUUAUAAAUAAUGAUUGUAAAGAAUUACAUCCUCAUAUAUAUGACAAUCAUAAACGAAGACACAGUCGAACACUACAUUCAUUUCCUUGCAGUAAUAAUAGUGAUAAUAAUAAUUAUACGUACAAAUCAUCAUCACCUCAUCAUUCACAGCAUCAUUUAUUACUGUGCACUCGUCAUCCACGCACAGAUAUCGAUUCAUCAGAUGAAAGUCAUUGGAAAAUGAAUCCAUGCAAUGAAAUAACCAGUGAAUCUAGCGAUGAAGAUGACAAGUAUGCACGGAAUUCCAAUGUUUUGCAUACAUCAUUGAGAAAUUCAAAACAUUGGCAACAUAAAUGUGUUGUACAUCGACAAGCGAAUUCAAAUCAAUCCACACCGUAUAAUUAUCUACAUGAUACUUCAAUAAAUCAAACAUCUGGAAUGAAUAAAUGUUUCAAUUGUACAAUGAUUGAGCCCAAUAAUGAAGAAGAUUAUAUAUGUGAUUCAAAAUGUUUAGUUAUCAAAAAUUCUAUUUUGACAUUACGUCAAAAUGUUUACAUUUGUUAUACAUUAGCAAUACAUUUAGGUAUUCUUGGUGUGAUAUUAUCAUGUUUACAAAUUUUAGCUAUAUGUAUUGCAUUAAUUCAUCGAAGUGUACAACUACAAUCAGUUAAAACACAAAUGACAAAUUAUAUUUCUCUUACUACUGAAUUUCUAUGUCUCAUUUCAAAUUCACUAACAUCGGAUGCAAUAUUAUGUGCACGAUUAUAUUUAAUGACUGUAUUUAUAUGUAUUGUAUUGAUAACACUGUAUAUAAAAUUUAUAUUGAAUAUAAUAACAACCACAUUACAUGUUCAAUUGCCAAAAUUUUCUUUGUAUAAAAAUUUUUUAAUGAAAUAUGAACAACAAUUCCCAUCCACUGAUCGCCAUCACCAUCAUCAUCAUCAUCAUCAACAACGUCGAUUUGGUCAACAUUAUCAACAAAAUUUUGCAUAUAUCGCUUUAAUGCAUUCAAUUCCAUGGGCAUUAGCAGCUGGCACUGCACUUUUGAUUGUUUUCACAUUGCAAACAAACACUCAUCAAAAUUCAAUAAUGACUAAUUCAAUGUUCAAUAAAAGUCGAUCAAUAUCAUCAAUGGAACAAUCAAUGAAAUCUACUGUGAAUAUAUUAUUCAACGGAUUGAAUUCAUUGUUAACUUGUUCCAUGAAAAAAACAACUUCCGUGACAAGAGCAACACUAUCACCAUUGCCAAUAACAAUGACAUCUAGUCAAUAUGUGAAGUCACAUUCAACGGAUCAUCAUGAUAUCAUAACGAUCCAUUCAUCAUUGUCUUCUUGGUUAUCAUCAUUUUUACUGUUAUUGAUUCCAUUAAUUAUACAAAUAAUCAUUAUUAUACUAUUUACAAUAUUAUUGUUUGCAAUUACAUAUUAUACAAAUUGUAAAACUUUCACCAUACAUCAAUUGAAAACAACACUCAAAUCAUUUUUUAUUAUAUUUUUUAUACUACUCAUAGAAAUAAUCAGCCUAUGUACACCAAUUGUAUAUAAUGUAAUGAGUUCAUAUUAUUCAGAAUAUAAUAAACGAUGGAUUUUAACCAGUCGAAUGAUUAUGUUACAUUUUUCCAUUGAUCCAAUAUUAAUUAUGUGUAUAUUACAAAAAUACUUUAAUAUUCAUGAAAUAAUGCGGUAUUUUGACAAAUUUCAAUUAUCCUAUAAGAAAGCAAUUGAGAAUCCAAAAUAUUGUUUUCAUGAUCAACCAAUCAAACAUUGUGAUUCAUUAGAGUUUAUCAAUAAUCAUGAAAUGAAAGUGGUUGAAAAUGAAAAACUUCAUUUUAGUAAUGAUAAUAAUAAUAAUAAUAAUAUUGGUAAAAUGAUUUCAACCAUGUCAUCAUCAACGCCAAUUCGUCUAUUCAGUUGUUUCCCGCUUAAUCCGAAUUCGUUAUCCGUUAAUAAUGAUAAUCAUAAUCAUAAUAGCCUGAUUGAUAAACAUCGGACAUUGAACAGAAACAUUGAACACGUUGAAUCAUUAGUUAUGCCGUGUAAUGCUGCUUCACCAUUUCUAUUAUCAACAAUCAAUAAUUCAACGGCUAUCAUGUCCACAUUACCAAUUAACACAGGUCAGAUUGAAGAAUCAACUGGAAUAAUUGGUAAUACAUUGCAUACUAUGUAUUCAAAGGAUAUUCGUGAUAUAUCUUCGGUAAAAGAUGCAUAUCUCACUACAAUAUCAAAUAAUUUUUUAACUUCAGAAUUAGAUAUCAAAGGAAAUAAUGCAUUAUUGACCUAUGGAAAAGUAUCCAGUGCUUUUCCACAAUUAUGUCAACAUCAUGAACGUCUAUUGGCACAACACUAUGAACAACCAGUAGUUGAAAUAACAAAAACUACUACUACUACUACUAUUACUACAACCACAUUAACAACAAUAGCAGAGACAAUGAAACGUAAUCGUAAUUUUGGCAGUGUUCCACGUUUAAAACAAACACAUACUGAUUUCCAUACAUUGUUCCCUAGUAGUAUACCAAGGAUGCUGGAGUCAACAGAACAACAAACAUCACACACACUAAUGAUGGAUGAUAUUAAUACUGUACAACCACAAAUGAUCACUGAAGCAGUUUGUUCACAACAGUAUAGAUCAUUAGCUGGUCAAAGUACAGCAACAGCUGCUGUGAUGGCAGCUGCUGCAGCUGCAGUCGCUGCACAAGCCAGUUCUUUGUCGAAAGCAGUCAAUUCAUCAAUAACAUUGGAUGCAUUUGAUUUAACUAAUCCAACAACAUCAAGUCCGUUAUUAUUUGUAAAUGAACAAAAAAUUAUUGAACCUGUGACAUUGAAUGAUAACAAGUUUUCUGAUUCAAAACUGUCAAUUAAUCACAAAGUAAUCAAUAUAGUUCAUCUUGAAUGAGACACGAUUGUUCAG